AUGAUGCAGGCGCGUUACUCCGUGGCCGACCCCAAUGCUUUAGGGGUCGUGCCAUACCUGAGCGAACAGAACUACUACAGGGCUGCGGGCACCUAUGGGAGCAUGGCCACCCCUAUGAGCGUGUACCCGACUCACGAGCAGUACACUCAGGGCAUGGGCCGGUCUUAUGGGCCUUACCACCAUCACCAACCGACUGCGCCCAAGGACCUGGUGAAGCCGCCCUACAGCUACAUCGCCCUUAUCACUAUGGCCAUCCAGAACGCCCCAGACAAGAAGAUCACCCUGAAUGGCAUCUACCAGUUCAUCAUGGAUCGCUUCCCUUUCUACCGGGAGAAUAAGCAGGGCUGGCAGAACAGCAUCAGGCACAACCUGUCCCUCAAUGAGUGCUUUGUCAAGGUGCCCAGGGACGAUAAGAAGCCAGGCAAGGGCAGCUACUGGUCCCUGGACCCGGACUCGUACAACAUGUUUGAGAAUGGCAGUUUCCUCAGGAGGAGGAGGAGGUUCAAGAGGAAAGACGUGUGCCGGGAGAAAGAAGAUCGGCUCCUUAAAGACCAGGGCAAAGCGCAAGGCCCCAUCUCCAGCCUGGAGCUGCCCAAGCACGAGAAGAAGAUUGUCAUCAAGAGCGAGUCCCCUGAGCUGCCAGUUAUUACCAAAGUGGAGAACCUGAGCCCCGACGGUGGCAGUGCCAUGCAGGACAGCCCACGCAGUGUGGCCUCCACCCCCUCUGUCUCCACUGACAACUCCAUCCCUGAUCAGCACCCGGCCAGCAAUGGCUUUAGUGUGGAGAAUAUCAUGACCCUAAGGACUUCUCCUCAUGGUGACCUGAGCCCAGUACCUCAAGUUCCCUGCCGGACUGGCAUGGUGCCCUCUCUGCCCAUUAACUACACCGCCCAGACGCAGAGCUCUGUUUAUAGCCAGGCCUGCACCCAAAGCAUGGACACUAGUGGGAGCUACCAGUGUACCAUGAGAGCUAUGAGCCUGUAUGCAGGUGACAGACCGAGCCACAUGUGCGCUCCAUCUUCCCUGGAGGAGGCCACUUCUGAGCAUCACAAUGGGACAAGUUCUCCUUUAACCUCCAUGAGCCUGGGUUCCGGCCAGGAGAGUGUGCUGACCUCUAGCCAUCACCAGCAAACUGCCACUGGGGGACAGACUGCUGCACCCUGGUACCUCAAUCCUGGCGCAGACAUUGGGCACCUCUCUGGGCACAACUUUGGCUCCCAGCAGCAGACUUUUCCCAACGUUAGAGAAAUGUUCAACUCUCACCGGCUUGGGAUUGAAAGCUCAGCCCUCAGUGAGCACCAGGUGAGCGGUAACACCAACUGUCAGAUCCCUUAUAGAUCAGCGCCCUCCAUAUACCGCCACAGCAGCCCUUACGCCUACGACUGCACUAAGUACUGA